GCCUCUGGAAUGCCGCGGCGCACGUGACGCAACGCCCGGCAGAGUAUAUAAGGCCGCGCUGCGCCGGUCCACGCCACAACACAGCCGCUCAGCGUCCCUCCACCACCAACAGGUCCACCACAAUGACGUCCCUCCAGGUCGUGCUCUUCUUCGCCGCCGCCGCCGCCCUGGUCGCCGCCGCGCCGCGCCCUGACGGACCCCCCUCCUACGGGCCGCCGCCCCCACACUACAAGGAGCCCGGCAUGCCCUUCGACUUCGCCUACGCCGUCAAGGACGACUACACCGGCAACGACUUCUCCCACGACGAGAGCAGCGACGGUCACGUGACCAGCGGCUCCUACCAGGUGCUGCUGCCCGACGGCCGCCGCCAAAUCGUGACCUUCACCGCCGACCACGACGCCGGCUACAUCGCCGACGUGGCCUACGAGGGCGAGGCCACCUACCCCGCCGCCGCCCCCGCCUACGGGCCCCCCGCCCCCCCCGCCUACGGACCCCCCACCUACGCCUAGGCCCUCCCGGCAGCCCCGCCGCCCCCUAGUCCCGGCCAGUAAAUUAUUGACCCCCCCCCCCGCGGCCACAAUGCUCAUGUAAAUAAACAGUCAACAUUA